CGUAGCUCUGAAGUCUGCUUGACCUUGACAUCUGAAGCCCACAUCCUCCAACAUUGUUUAUGAUUAUGCAGAAACAACAUUACAAUUCUUUUGUAAUCUCCAUAUAGACAUUCAUUUUCUAAUUGUAGAAAAUUUUUGUUUUACUACCUUUUAUGCCUAGGGUUGUGAUAUUUAAUUUAUUUUGCAGUCGAAAAGGUAAUGAUGCAUUCUCUGGGACGACGAAUAUCCACAGAAUCGUUGCUUUCGGGUGAAUCGGACUUUAUUAUAGAACACGAACCUGACAGAUUUUACUUGUUAUCCCAAUGGGGUCAAAAUUUUAACAAUUACAAAACCGAUGAUCGAGUCCAGGAGACUAUUCAGACAUUUAACAAAGAAGAAAGUAUCGAUAAAAGCAACUGGUCUGCUUUAUGGAGACUGUGGAAUGCAGGUCAUUCUUGGUUUAUUGUCUGUAUUAUCGGUGUUAGCAUUGGGGCAUCAGCUUAUAUGCUAAGUGUGGUUACUUCAUUUUUUUCUGAUAUCCGAAGGGGGCACUGUUUGUCCAGAUGGUUUUUUAAUGAAAAGUUUUGUUGCAUGUACAGUGAAGAAUCAGGUACCACUUGCACUACAUGGGUUCAAUGGAGCGACUCUUUUGUUUUUAAUUAUUUAGUUUAUGCUUUCCUUGCUUUAAUUUUCAUUAUAAUAUCGGCAAUUGUUGUCAAAGAUCUCUCUCCGCUUGCUGCUGGCAGUGGAAUUUCGGAGAUUAAAGCAAUAAUCAACGGGUUUUCUAGAGAUGAUUUUGUGUCUUUUCGCGUUUUACUAGUCAAGUGUGUCUGUUUACCGCUUACCAUAGCAAGCGGUCUUUCUGUUGGCAAAGAAGGUCCUAGCGUUCAUUUGGCAACAGCCAUGGGCCACGUUAUAGCUUCUAUCUUUAAGCGAUUGAAGCUACAUUCAGUUAAUUUUCGGGACAUAUACGUUUCCUCUGCCGCUGCCGGCGUAGCUGUUGCUUUUGGAUCCCCUAUUGGAGGUGUACUAUUUGGCAUUGAGGAAAUGGCUUCUGGUUAUACUUCCAGAAUGAUUUGGUACACUUUUUCUUGCUGUCUUUUCGCCGUCGCUACUUUACAUUUACUAGAUCCAUUCCGGACCGGCCAACUUGUUCUCUUUGAGGUUCGUUAUUCUGGUUCUUGGCAUUUUUUUGAAUUGUUCUACUUUUCUAUUUUGGGGAUUUUUGGAGGAUUUUAUGGUGAAGUUGUCAUGAGGCUUUUCUUCACAGUUCAGAAACUGAGGAAAGUUUAUGUUGAUAAAUGGCCAGUGAUAGAUGCAUCUGUCGUUGUAAUAGUUACCGCAUUAAUUAGUUACUUUAAUACUUGGUUGAAAUUGGAUAUGACCUUGGGUAUGGAACUAUUAUUUCAAGAUUGCAAGUCUGUAACUACUCCUGAGUUGAAUGAUCUAUGCAAUCCGAAUAAUGAAGGGAAAAACUCGCUGUUGUUGUUAACAUCAACAUUAUUAAGGAUGAUUUUUGUUUCGUUUUCAUAUGGCGUUAAAGUUCCUGCCGGCAUUUUCGUGCCCUCCAUGGCUGUCGGAGCUACGUUUGGACGGAUGGUUGGAUUAUUUGCUGAUAUAUUGUACAGAAAGUUUCCAGAUUUGUUUCUUUUUUCUGCUUGUCAUGGAUCAGGUUCAUGUAUAACCCCAGGAACGUAUGCUCUUUUAGGAGCUGCCGCUAGUUUAAGUGGUAUGAUGCAUUUGACUAUGACAGUCGUAGUAAUUAUGUUUGAAUUAACUGGGGCUUUGAACUUUAUCCUUCCCACUGUACUUGUGGUUGCUAUAGCCAAUGCUGUAGGUGCUUUACUAGGUCGCAACGGCAUAGCUGAUAGAAGCAUCAAGCUAAACGGAAUUCCUUUCCAGGAAUCAGAAAAUAUCUAUUCUGAAACUGAGGACAUUUUGUUCCCAGUCACGACGAUAAUGUCUAAAACAGUAAUAGCCAUACCCUCAGAGGGGAUUACGUGGAGAUGGUUGUUUAGAACUAUGAAGAAACACCCGUUCAGCGGAUAUCCUGUAGUAAACAACCUGAAACGUUUCGAACUUAUUGGCUAUAUAAAGAGUACUUCAAUCAAGCUAGCAUUUGAAGAAGCAAAAGGCAAUACGACAUUUACAUUUGACCAAGAGAUUUGUUUUCGACUUUCUGCCGUAAUGAACUAUUCGAACGGGCAAACUUUACUAUCACACUCUUUGGGGUUGGAUUUGUCAUCCUACAUGGAUUUGCAACCAAUAAGUGUUUUACACAAUCAAUUGUUAUCCAAUGUUAGUACCAUCUUUCAGGCUCUAUGUCCAAAAGUUAUCCACGUCGAGAAGGAUGGAAUUCUCGUAGGGCUUAUCACACGGAAAGAUCUGCUACUAACCAAACAUUAUUUGAAAACCUUCAAUAGGUCGCCUUCAGCAGCUUCAAGGAUGGAGAACGUUCCCCUGCAUACAAUGGAAAAUAGUGAACAUGACCAAGGUAUAGAGCUACAACUUUUGCGAUCAUGAAGAAUUAAAUGUGCUAUUUUAUUUUAAAAAAAGGACUAUAAAAAGCUUAUUAUUCUUUCGAGUAGUCGUAUAAUGAGGAAAAAAAUUAUAGAAAAACAAGGAAAGGGGAAGAAUGUACAAAAAGCAAAGGCAAAUAAACUCAUAGAUAAUUAGAUUGCAUGAUAUAGACAGCGAAAAAAGUUUAAAGCAAGGGAAAAUUAAUAACCAAAAAAUUAUUAGCCAG